UGCGACGAGGUGUUCGAGCAGAGGUUCAGCUUCAAGCCGGAGACUACUUUCCCGUCGCCGCCGGCGUUUAGCAAUUGUCAGAAGAGUUACCUGUCACGGGCGACGCGGAAUUCCAUGUCGUCCAAUUCCAAUUUAGGAGGUCGUUUUUCGAACGCUGAAAUGGAAACCCCGAAAAGUUGCGAUACGUUCGUUGUAAUGGGUGAUAAAACGGGAGACGGAAGUACCAUUUUUGGGAAAAAUUCAGACCGACCAAAUGGAGAGGUUCAAGAACUCGUCUUUGUCGCUGCUUGUGAUCACGCUCCUGGCUCUAAGUUGCAGUGUACGUACAUAGAGAUCGAUCAAGUCGAGCACACGCAUGGCGUCAUGUUGUCGAAACCAGCGUGGAUGUGGGGAGCCGAGAUGGGUGCCAACGAACACGGAGUUUGCAUUGGAAACGAGGCGGUGUGGACGAAGCUCAAUAGUGCCGACGACAAAGUCGAACGACUGCUGGGUAUGGAUCUCUUGAGACUGGGUCUCGAGCGUGGCAAGACUGCCAAAGAAGCGAUGGACGUGAUCACAGAGCUGUUGGAUAAAUACGGGCAAGGAGGACCGUGUUCCGACGUAACCGGCUUGUUUUACUUCAACUCAUUCAUCAUCGCGGAUCACGGGGAAGCGUGGGUUCUCGAGACUGCCGGCAGGUCAUUUUGGGCUGCUGAAAAAGUCACCGAGGGAUAUCGAAACAUUUCGAACGACUUGACGAUCACGACGAAGAUAGACGCUAGUUCUCCGGAGCUUGAGAAGCAGGCUCGUGAGGAAGGGCUUUGGUCCAGCGACGAGCCAUUUAAUUUCAGGAAGGCAUUUGCCUGUGGCUCUGGUGAUAUCGAAUGCGGAGACUCGAGAUACGUUGCUGGCAAGACUUUGUUGAAAGAGCUCACGAGUACUGGAACGUUUGGACUAGGGGACAUGAUGUCUAUCCUGCGGGACGUGGACGCCGGAAUCUGCAUGACAUACUUUGAUGGAUUUGCGUCCACGUCGUCGCAGGUUAGGACCUGCUUUUCGUGUGGGUUCGACGUGCGAGGAAUGAUGCAGAUUCUGAGGCAUUCCGAGUCGGAGAUUUGUCGCUCGAGAGAGCACAAGCAUCCGACCGCGAGUAGUCAGAUAUCAGUGUUGUCUAAGGAUGCUAAGCCGAGUGUUCAUUGGUUCACUGGGACCCCGGAUCCAUCGUUGUCGGUGUACAAGCCGUUUGCGUUUCUGGAAGGAGUCUCUGGAUGUGACGACGUUGUAAGUCCGAAGUACAGCGAUGCUGAAGAUCCCGCGAAAACGACGCCGAGAUUUGCCAAGUCCGUGGAUCGCCGCCACAACUUGUUCCGUGCUCAGGAGCAAGCGGUUUCCAAGGGGGUUUUGCGACCCGGCUCAGAUUUACUCGAGAAGCUCAAAACUUUAGAAGCUGAAUGCGUGGAAGAAGUAGGCAAACUCGUUGCGGAAUUCACACCGGAUAGAUCAAACGACUUGCUUGGCAUAUUCAACGACUGCAUUGAAGCAGAAAUUAAGUUGUACGAAUAGAUCAGCGAUGCCAGGUAACCCCUCCCCCUGAGCAAUGAUGUAAAUUCCUCUCGAAUAUCAGUAAAGCUUACACGCUUAGGAUCUUACUCUUGUUCCGAGAGAUUUUUACAGUUCUAUAGCAGCAUCAUUGUUGCUAAAUUCAGCACAUUAAGCUUCAAAGGAUACCAUUAAGUUUUUGAAAUGAAUUUCCUUGCGGAUUUCUCUUCCAAUUCUGUGUCCGAAAUUCUUAUACUUUUCGGUUGCGUGUUCCCUUGAAUUUAGGACAACAGUUCAGUAUGUAUACUCCUCUCGGUAUUUGAACAAGAAUCCAUUUUUUUUCAUCUAUGGAUAAUUCUCGCGGAUUUACUGAAAAAUCAAUCUCAUAGAGACCCAGUCCAGAACUAGGAAAGACAAAGAAAAAAAUCUCGUAUUUGCAGCGUGUGCAAAUGAUCUUGGGCGGAUUUUUUUUGCUUAAUAGCACGGCUUUUGAUGAUUGUGAUGUACAGCACAGCGUUCAUUCAGUAUCGUGGAUACGCGGAAAGUUCAUGGUGUUGUUGAUGUGUUGUGGGGAAAAAAUCGGGGUUCGGGAUUUCCAGCGUAAAUCUUUCGAGUGGAUCCCCUGAUCACAUGAGUGUCCCAUCAUUUUCUCUCCGUGACGCGUCUUUGCGGUGCGAUUUCGGGAUGAAGCGGCGAUUUCCAAAUUCUUGCUGGAAUGAGUCGUAUUUCGGCCUUCACUGUUUUCUGUUUCUGUGUCAUGUAAAGGAAAGCUUUAAAACCUG